CCUAGACUUUUAGCAAUCUUCCUCCAUUAGCAUUUUUCAGAGACGAAGUGAAAAAAAGCGCCAUGGACGCAAUCAGACACACAUGCCUGAAGCUUGAAGUACCAACCAACGCGCAACCGGACGGAAGAGUCUCCAUCUUCGUUAAAGGCACUUGGUAUCAGCACCGCUUCGAUCUCUCCAUCACCGACGGCCUCAACGCUUGGACGUGCCAUGCGACGGAGGACGAGGUUCGGUUGCGCGCUGAACAAUGGGACCAAGAACCGUCGGACUAUGUGGGCUUGGCCGAGCGCUAUUUAGGGUUUCAGCAGCCUGAUUCGGUCUAUGACUUUGCCGAUGUUGGAAAUGGGGACAAGAGGCUUUCUUGGACAUUUAACAAAGAAGGGAUGAAGUUAGAAUGGCGAUGGAAAUGUCGACAGGCAUCGGAUAAUAAGACUACUACAGCAGGAAUAUUGGACUUUCUCAUGGAUGCAAACAUAAGGCUGAGCGAAGAGGUUGUGAGAAAGACUCAAUCAUUUGAGAAGCUGAAAGUGGAGUCUGAGAAGUGUUUGGCUCAGAGCGAGAGGAUUUGUGAAGAAAAGGUGGAGUUUGAAACUGCACUAUAUGCAAAGUUUCUAAAUGUCUUGAAUACAAAGAAGGCCAAACUUAGAGAGUACAGAGAUCAGUUUCCAAAACAGACCACAACUAGCAGCAAACUUAAACAAGACGACGAGUACUCUGAUAAAACCGAAUCCUUUGACGAUGAUAGCGAUGCAGAAAAGAACUAACGAAGAACAACAUUGAGACUUAACUUGCGGAUCUCAAGGAAUCUUACAUGAAAUAAGUUGGAUUUGUUAUUGGAUUUGUUAUCCAUGUUAGUACGUUAAACAUUUUCUUUGUUUUUCGAGUAUGGAAGAGUGAGGAUUUGAAUAUCCAAUCUAAAAAAGAAGUAAGAUACAUUUACUGA